AGCCCCACAGGUUCCAAAGUUUUAUGACGAACUUUAUAGCACGCCAUUAACCCGUGUCAGUUUGCUAUUAAAAGGGUACACUCUCAAUUUGUUUGCGCAGUGCAUGUAAGCAUAUACGUGCAGUUAAAAAGUCGAGGGCAGUGUUUCAAGCCUGCUCCCCAAGUUCACACGGUUCGUUAGCCAUCAACGUCUAAGUAACAUCUUCCCGUAGAUCGUCCAUCAUGGCGAAUAAGGUAUUGAUCGCCCUUGUCUCAGCAGCGGUCGUGGUGGUGGUGUUUUUGGCCAUCUUCCUGCCUGUGUACCUCACCCAGAGAGCCAAGGACGAGCCGUCUACUACAAUUAAGGACAUAGACAGGUUCGACUGCUACCCGGAUCUGGAUCUGAAAGUUAAUUCCACCCUCUGCGAGAAACGGGGCUGCUCGUGGAGGUCCGCCAGUCUUGCCGGGGCGCCCCAGUGCUUUUACCCCGAUAACUACGGCUAUCAGAUCUCUGAGCAACCCACGGGUACCAACCUGGGCUGGGAGGCCAGGCUGACUCGUCUGGAGGGGAUACCUAGCCGCUACGGGGCCGAUAUCAAUACUCUGAAAGUUGAGGUGGAGUUCCAGACAGAUUAUCGUCUACACUUCAAGAUAUCAGACGCAGACAACGCCCGAUUCGAAGUUCCCAGCGAUGCAGUCAACAUUCCUAGGCCGACCUCGAAGGCAUCUAACCCAAUGUACGAGGUCACCUACACGCAGAACCCGUUCAGUAUCAAGGUCAAACGGAAAAGCACUGGGGUGACAGUUUUUGAUUCGUCAGUGGGUGGUUUUACAUUCGAGGAUCAGUUUCUUCAGAUAUCCACCAAGCUGCCAUCCAAGUACGUCUACGGGUUUGGUGAACACAAUCACAGGCGCUUCUUGCACGAUAUGGACUACAAAACAUGGACAAUGUUUACCAGGGAUGUUGCGCCUGUUGAUGAAUGGAAUCUCUACGGUCACCACCCAUAUCACAUGUGUGUCGAGGAUCGCGAGAACGCCCAUAGCAUCCUCUUCUUGAACAGCAAUGCAAUGGAUGUCACUCUACAGCCAACCCCAGCUCUGACCUACCGCACUAUUGGUGGGGUAUUCGAUUUCUACAUGUUCUUCGGCCCGACGCCCGAAAACCUUGUAUCGCAGUACACAGAGGCAAUCGGCCGACCAGUAAUGCCGCCAUACUGGGCCCUUGGGUUCCAACUCAGCCGAUGGAACUACCUGUCACUCGAUCGUGUCAAAGAGGUGGUCAAGGAGGUCACCGACGCAGAGAUACCAUUUGAUGUCCAAUACGGUGACAUCGAUUACAUGGAUCGAUGGAUGGACUUCACGGUGGACGAAACUACCUAUGGCACGCAGAAUCUGUCUGACUUCGUCGAUGAUCUGCACAGCAAGGGUAUGCGUUACAUUAUCAUUCUGGAUCACUGCAUCGGAAAAGAGGUUGGCUACGAACCGUACGACCUAGGUCUCACACAGGAUAUCUUCGUCAAAACCAAAGCUGGUGCGAAUCUGGAAGGCGAGGUGUGGCCUGCCGUUCCCUCCAGCGUGUAUCCAGACUUCACUCUCUCAGAUGACGUGACCGCGUGGUGGACGCAGCUCUGCGAUGACUUCCACGGGAAGAUUGCUUAUGAUGCGCUGUGGAUCGACAUGAACGAGCCGUCGAAUUUCGUCCCUGGUUCCACAACUGGCUGUGAAGAGAACAAGAUUAACAACCCACCUUAUUUGCCCAACAUUCUCGGUCGUAUGAUGGGUGACAAGCGCGGUCUGUACGACAAGACGAUAUGCAUGGACGCAAAACAGAGCUGGGGCGACCACUACGACGUGCACAGUCUGUACGGCCACAGCAUGUCACAGGUCACCUUCAACGCCUUGAAGACUGUCUUCCCGACCAAGCGUAGCAUGGUUCUGUCCCGGUCGACGUACGUGAGUAGCGGCGCGUACACGGGACACUGGCUGGGAGACAACCAGAGCCAAUGGCGGCAGUUGCCCUGGAGCAUUCCUGGUAUGCUUGAGUUCAGCCUCUUCGGCUUUGCUUACACCGGGUCCGAUAUUUGCGGCUUUUGGUUCGCCACCACGAGAGAGAUGUGCCUUAGAUGGAGUCAGGUCGGGGCCUUCUAUCCUUUCGCCCGUAACCACAAUGCCAAGGAUUUUAUACCGCAGCAUCCUACCGCAUUUGAUCCCGAGUUCACGGCCAACGUCAAAAUGGUACUGGAGAUUCGCUACAAACUGCUGCCUUUCUUGUACACACUGUUUUACGAGGCUAACACGAAGGGGACCACAGUUGCCAGACCAGUCCUGCACGAGUUUCCUGAGGCUCUUGGUAUGAAUAUAGACCGCCAGUUCUUGUGGGGUCCUUCAUUCCUCAUCUCACCGGUCCUGGAUGAGGGUAUGACAACUGUCGAGGCUUACAUCCCGGACGCUAGAUGGUACGACUAUCACACCCGAAAGGAAGUGGAUUCCAAUUUACGCGGGACAACGACCACAUUGGAGGCGGAUCUGUUGACCAUUAACCUGCACGUCAGAGGCGGCUAUGUCCUGCCAUUCCAAGAACCAGCCACCAACACAGUCUACAGUCGAGUGAAGCCCAUGGGUCUGAUCAUAGCCCUGGACGAUGACCUCAAGGCUAAAGGAAAUCUGUUCUGGGACGAUGGGGAGUCUAGAGAUUCGAUAAAAGACGAGAAAUUCAUACUGGCAGAGUUUGACGUCACGACGCAGAAUGGAGUGGGUACACUGAACAUAAUUGAGACCAACGGCAACAAGUACACUGAUCCGGACUCGCUAGCGUUUCAAACCAUCCAGAUAAUGGGACUGACUACCGUGCCGACCAAGGCAAAGGAAAACAACGUGGCGAUUCCACCGUCUAACUUCCAGUACGACGCAGACACCAAGGUGCUGGAAUUGACAGGGCUGGAUCUGCUCAUCUCUGGAACUCAUACAGUGGUGUGGGAGCCUCGGAAACCCAAGCUCACCAUUUGUUUUGGUGGCCGAACUUCCCUACUCAUCAUGGUGAACAAGGCCUUGGUUGCUUCCGUCACGAUUGCCGCAGUAGUGGUGGUGUUUUUAGCCGUCUUCCUGCCCGUGUAUCUCACCCAGACUAGCAAGGAUGACGGGAAAGAACCAAGCGAGUACCUUACACCGGACCAACAGUUCUAUCGAGACGUCAAUGACGAGGACAGGUUUGACUGUUUCUCGGAUCUGGACACCCCAGCCAGCCAAAAGCUGUGCGAGGCCCGUGGUUGCUUCUGGAAGCCCGCCACCCUGGCCAAGGCUCCCGUCUGCUUCUACCCUCCAACCUACGGCUAUCAGAUGGCUGCUAAACCCACGGAUACCAACCUGGGCUGGGAGGCUAGGCUGACUCGCAUGAAGGGAAUACCUAGCCGCUACGGGGCUGAUGUGAACAACCUGAAACUUGAGGUGGAGUUUCAGACAGAUUAUCGUCUACACAUUAAGAUAUCUGACGCAGACAACGCCCGCUACGAAGUUCCCAGCGAUGCCGUCAACAUCGUUAAACCGACCAAGAAGCCGUCUAACCCGAUGUAUGAGGUCAGCUACAAGCACGACCCGUUCAGUAUCCAGGUCAGACGGAAGACCACUGGAGUGAAGGUUUUUGAUUCGUCGGUGGGUGGUUUUACAUUCGAGGACCAGUUUCUUCAGAUAUCAACCAAACUGCCAUCCAAGUACGUGUACGGCUUUGGUGAACACAAUCACAGGCGCUUCUUGCAUGAUAUGGACUACAAAACAUGGACAAUGUUUACCAGGGACGCUUUUCCUAUUGAUGAUUCAAAUCUCUACGGUCAACACCCGUACUACAUGUGCGUCGAGGAACGCGAAAACAACGCGCAUAGCGUUCUCUUGUUAAACAGCAAUGCGAUGGAUGUCAGUCUUCAGCCGACUCCAGCUCUCACGUAUCGCACCAUCGGUGGAGUUCUCGACUUCUACUUGUUCUUCGGACCGACGCCUGAGAAUGUUGUCUCACAGUACACAGAGGCAAUCGGCCGGCCCGUGAUGCCGCCAUACUGGGCCCUGGGGUUCCAGCUCAGCCGAUGGGGCUACAACUCGAUCGACCGCGUCAAAGAGGUUGUCAAGCAGAUGACCGAUGCACAGAUGCCAUUGGAUGUUAUGUACGGCGACAUCGAUUACAUGGACCGAUCCAUGGAUUUCACAGUGAACGAAUCGUCUUACGGAAUGCAAAACCUGGCCGACUUUGUGGAUGACCUCCAUGACAACGGUAUGAAGUAUAUUAUCAUCCUGGACCCGGGUAUUGGAGGGGAGAUUGGCUACGAACCGUACGACAAAGGAUUAGCGCAGGAUGUCUUUGUCAAGAUGGAGAAUGACGAAAUACUCAAAGGAAUGGUUUGGCCAAAUGUAACUUUCAGCGUCUUCCCUGACUUCACAGAGCCCGACACGGCUGCUUGGUGGACGGAGUUGUGCGAUGGGUUUCACGAUAAGAUCGCCUAUGACGGGCUAUGGAUCGACAUGAACGAACCCUCCAAUUUCAUCAACGGUUCUUUCAGUGGAUGCGAGGACAAUAACAUCAAUAUCCCACCAUACGUCCCGAAUAUUCUGGGGCGGACUGCAGCUAACCGUCUUGGUCUAUUUACCAGAACCCUCUGCAUGGACGCUAAACAGAGCUGGGGAAAACACUACGACGUACACAGUCUGUAUGGCCACAGCAUGACACUUGCUACAGCCCAAGCCUUGGAGACUAUAUUUCCUCGAGACCGGAGCAUGAUCCUGUCCAGGUCGACGUUCGUGGGUAGCGGCGCCUACACGGGACACUGGCUCGGGGACAACCAGAGCCUGUGGCCCCAGAUGCAUUGGGGAAUCCCUGGCAUGUUGGAAUUCAGUCUCUUUGGUUUUGCCUUCACUGGUUCUGAUAUUUGCGGUUUCAUGUUCAACACCACCCGUGAGAUGUGCCUGAGGUGGAGUCAGGUCGGGGCCUUCUACCCGUUUGCUCGUAACCACAAUGCCCUUAGUUUUACACCGCAGCAUCCAACGUCUUUUGACGACGAGUUUACAGCCAACGUGAAAAUGGUACUGGAGAUUCGCUAUAGACUGCUGCCCUUCCUGUACACACUGUUUUAUGAAGCCAACACAAAGGGGACCACGGUUACAAGACCUGUGCUACAUGAGUUUCCGAUGACCCUUGGUAUGAAUAUAGACCGGCAGUUCCUGUGGGGUCCAUCAUUCCUCAUCACACCGGUCCUGGAUGAGGGCAUGACAACAGUUGAUGCGUAUAUACCGAAUGCAAGAUGGUACAACUAUUAUGACGGGAUGGAAGUUGCUUUCAGUUUACGCGGGACAACGACCACAUUGGAGGCGGAUCUGUUGACCAUUAACCUGCACGUCAGAGGCGGCUAUGUCCUACCAUUCCAAGAACCAGCCCAGAACACAGUCUACAGUCGGAAGAAUUCCAUGGGUCUGAUCGUUGCCUUAGACGAUUACUUGAAGGCCAGUGGCAAUCUGUUCUGGGACGACGGUGAAUCCAGAGAUUCUAUCAGCGAACAGAAGUUCAUACUGACUGAGUUCAAUGUCACGACUGAGAAUGGAGUGGGUACCCUAAACAUUCAGAACAAAGUCAACCAGUACAGUGAUCCGGACUCGUUAGCGUUUGGGACCAUCCAGAUAAUGGGACUGACUACUGUACCUACCAAGGCCACGUACAACGGAAUACAGAUUUCGGCUGAAAACUUCGAUUACAGUCCGACUAAUAAGGUUCUUACAUUGAAGGGACUGGGACUUUUGAUAUCGCAGAGUCACACUGUCGUCUGGGAACCGUAGCUUACCAUUGCUGGAGGGAAGAAAAUAAUCAUCAGACACCACGGCAAAAAUAGUUUUUCACGCCACACCCAAAUUGUGGAUUUGGCGCCAACGGCUGACUAAGCUUCAGUUUUCACCUAAAUGGCUAACCACUAAAAGCAAAUACUUGAAAACUAUUAAUUUAUCUAAAAAAAGAACAAGACAACUGCUUUUUCAAUUUCAGAUGUAAUUAAGGACGUACAGUUUAAGAUUCAAAAGUAAAAGAGUAUGAAUGCAAACGAUAUUAACAUGGACUUAACUAGACUGGAACCUGGCAAAAUAUGCGAACCUUUUUCGUUUUGUUUCAUUUGUAAGAAAGCCUAACGCUUAACAAUAAAAUAAAAGUCACAUAGGUAGGAAUUAAAUUUUACCAGAUUUCAGUCCAUUACACAGAUUUAGGAUCAGCGUUGGACAAUUUACAUCAUCGAGAUUAUGUCUCUUUAACUAUUCAUCGGAAAACAUAAAAUACUGUCGACUGGUAAAACCAGCCUUCCCAUCCAAUCGUCGUUUCAUGUGAUUGUCUUUAAUUAUAAUGUACAUACCUUUAAAUGUAAUGAUCUGCUAUAUUUAUAGCUGCUGGCACUUUGAUUGCCUAUUCAUUAACCACAGGUUUCAGAUCAAGACAUGUGAAUAAGUUCCACUAUAUCAUGAGGUAAUAAAAAACACUUUUUGUUUUUGCUUGAUAGUAGCCGACACU